AUGGCGAGCCCAGCAAACCUCCCUCCUAUUUUCAACCCCACGUCCCAGGACAUUGAGAUGCUCCUGGCGGCACAAUGUCACUUGGGAUCCAAGAACCUGCAGGUUCACAUGGAACCGUACCUGUGGAAGACUCGCCCUGAUGGUAUCAAUGUGAUUAACAUCGCUAAGACCUGGGAGAAAAUUGUCCUCGCAGCCCGUAUCAUUGUCGCAAUUGACAACCCGGCCGACAUCUGUGUCAUUUCUGCCCGUCCCUAUGGCCAGCGUGCAGUCCUGAAGUUCGCCGCCCACACCGGAGCCGUUGCCAUUGCCGGUCGUUUCACCCCCGGUAACUUCACCAACUACAUCACCCGCUCUUUCAAGGAGCCACGCCUGAUCAUUGUCACCGACCCUCGCACCGAUGCUCAAGCCAUCAAGGAAGCCUCAUAUGUCAACAUCCCCGUCAUCGCCCUCUGCGAUACCGACUCUCCUACGGAAUUCGUUGACGUUGCCAUCCCAACCAACAACAAGGGUCGACACGCCAUUGGUUUGAUUUGGUGGUUGUUGGCUCGUGAGGUCCUCCGUCUGCGAGGGACUCUUGCCAACCGUGAGAUCGACUGGGACGUUGUGGUUGAUCUGUACUUCUACCGCGAUCCUGAGGCUGAGGAACAGAAGGAGGAAGAGAAGCUGCCAGGUGCGGACGAGGCUGGACCGGGUGCCGUCGACCGUGGAUUCACGGACAACGCGGACUGGGCUGGAGAGCCAGCUGCUGCUCCAGGCAUCGAGGGCGCUCCUCAAGCUGACGCAACCUGGAACGAGCCGGCUACUGGGGGAGAUUGGGCUCAGGAAGCUACUGCUGCUGCCCCUGCCGCCCCUGCCGCCCCUGCUGCCAGUGGUUGGUAA